CAAAGCGCAGUCAGGGUUCACCGAGGGACUCCCACCUUGCUGUCAGUAAUUCAUUAACAAGUCAGGCGAAGGGGAUCCGGAGCGGAAAUUGUCCCGGCGGCUCCGUGUUCCGAAAUCCUCCGGAUUUACGGUCUCUCGAGCGAUACAAAACUGACCCCUGGGGCCCAGCGCCUGGCUGGCACCUUUCCGUGUGUCCCGGGAGGCGAGGAGCCCAGGUAGUGACGGCCCUGAGCAGCUGUCCCCGUGGGUGCUUUGAUCGUCUCGGGGGGAGGGAACAACCCCCCACCCAGCCAAACUUUCUGCGGAGUCCCCUCCAGGCCAUGCACGGGUUUGCCUAACGCCUCUGAUGGAGCCGCCCGGCAGCUGCACCUGCCCGGGUUGUAUCACACCCAGCGCCGUGGGAGUGAUCAAUAACUCCGUCUGCUACCUGCGCCGCCUGAUUCCAUAGAGGGGGCCGGUUGUGAGCUCAUCCCAAAGCCCAGAUUACCAGCGCGCCAGCCGGGUCCCCUCACACCGCUCGCUCCGGCAAGGGAGAGACGAGCACCCGCCGCUUGCGGAUUUUGGGGGUGGCGGUAGAUUCCGGGGGGAGAGGCUCCCACUCAGGGUAGCCAGGAGCUGUAUAGACACCAUGACUUGGAGGCGGCUGAGGCUCCCUGUGUUGCUCGGACCUGAAAUCUAAGCGAAUAAUCUCAGCGUUCGCCCAGCUGCAGCAGCUGGUGGUGUUACUGGUGAAGAGGAGGAGAGGGGGGUUUCUUUCAAUUCGAUGGAUCUGAAAUCAGAGUCUCUGGACCGCCGUUGUUUGGGAAUAUCUACAUGCUGAGCCUCUUUGGGGUGGCGCAUCAGCUCAUCGGGGUGAACCAUCUGAAGAGAACAAGAUGUUUCUUGCUACCUUAUACUUCGUUUUACCCUUAAUGGAUGUACUUUUGUCCGCAGAAGUGAGCGGGCUGCCUGGCGGGGACCGUCUGGACUGCGUGCGAGCCAGUGAUCAGUGUCUCAAGGAGCAGAGCUGUAGUACUAAGUACAGGACACUGAGGCAGUGUGUAGCCGGCAAAGAGAGCAACUUCAGCCGGGCGACAGGCCUGGAGGCGAAAGACGAGUGCAAAAGCGCCAUGGAGGCGCUCAAGCAGAAAUCUCUUUACAACUGCCGCUGCAAGAGGGGCAUGAAGAAGGAGAAAAACUGCCUGCGCAUUUACUGGAGCAUGUACCAAAGCUUACAGGGAAAUGACUUGCUUGAAGAUUCCCCCUAUGAACCAGUUAACAGCAGAUUAUCAGACAUAUUUAGGCUAGCACCAAUUGUAUCAGCUGGAGUCAUAAUUGCCCCUGAAAAUGUAGGGAAGAUAAAAAGGCUGCAGGGCGGAAGAAAGGGGUGGCUGCCAGGGAAGCUCAGAAACCAUGGAGCACAGGAGCUUUCAUCAGUGGAUGCGCAGGAAGCCACCCAGGUAGAUAGAACUCCGGAAGAAGAGGAUCACAAAAUGGAGCCAGCACUUUCAAAGGGGAACAAUUGUUUGGAUGCAGCAAAAGCCUGUAACCUAAAUGAUACCUGCAAGAGGUUCAGAUCUGCUUAUAUAACCCCCUGCACCAGCAGUACAUCUAAUGAAAUCUGCAACAAGCGGAAGUGUCAUAAGGCUCUCCGGCUAUUUUUUGACAAAGUUCCCCCAAAGCACAGCUAUGGGAUGCUCUUCUGCUCCUGUCGAGACAUAGCCUGUACAGAAAGGAGACGGCAGACUAUUGUUCCUGUGUGUUCAUAUGAAGACAAGGAGAAACCAAACUGCUUGAAUUUACAAGAUUCCUGCAAGAAGAAUUACAUCUGCAGAUCUCGCCUUGCAGAUUUUUUCACAAACUGCCAGCCUGAGUCACGGUCUAUUAGUAGCUGUCUGAAGGAAAACUAUGCUGACUGCCUUCUGGCUUACUCGGGGCUUAUUGGCACAGUUAUGACACCAAACUACAUAGACUCCAACAGUCUCAGUGUUGCCCCAUGGUGUGACUGCAGCAACAGCGGUAACGACAUAGAAGAAUGCUUGAAAUUUCUGAAUUUCUUCCAGGACAAUACAUGCCUUAAAAAUGCAAUUCAGGCCUUCGGCAAUGGUACAGAUGUGACUGUGUGGCAGCCAAUCCUACCAGUACAAACCACCACAGCAACAACUACGACAGCUUCCAGAUUUAAAAACAUGGGUUCAGAGAGCACCAACAAUGAAAUACCCACCCACAAUGAUUUACCAGCAUGUGCAAAUCUGCAGGCACAGAAGCGGAAAUCCAACGAAUCUGUAGACACAGAACUCUGUCUUAAUGAGAAUGCUAUUGGGAAGGACAACACAGUCAGAGUCUCCACCAGUCACAUAUCGUCAGAGAAUUCAUCUGCUCUUCCUACAAGCUUCAGUCUAAGCACACUGCUCAUAUUGAUGACAAUUGCACUCUCAAUCUCUUUGUUCUUAAGUUCAUCAGAAACCUUGUAGCUGCAUUACAAAAGGACACGUUAAAAAAAAAAAUCUGUUCCCUGUCCUCUGUUGUUUAUCUGAAAUUCCAGUUCUAGGAGCUAAGUUGAAGCACUCUGCUAAAACAGUUUCAUUCAACUGGAAUUUUUCUUUCUUUUUCUUUUUCCUUUUUUUUUUUUAAAGCUUCUUGUGAUAUUUAGGGGCUUUGUGAGAUAUUUGAUGCAGUGGUACAUUCCAAACCCAAAAGGCUUUUGGGCAUGCAGUGUUUUAAAGAGACAGUAUGUAAAUUUGCCUGUAAAGCAAUCUGUUUGGAUUUUUUAUUAUUAUUUCAAUUCUGGCCUUUACCUGAGAAGGAAGAUGUCAGUUUUCUUAAGAUCCUAUUUAUCUCAUAUAAUGAUUUUGAUUUUAAAAUUAAAUGAACAUCAGACUAACGAGGAUGCCAGGCUUUUGUCUCAUGGUGAAUGUUCUCCCAGAGAGUGGACUUCAUGAAAUGUCUUCAUUUGAUAGAUUGCUACUGAUGUUUAACUCUUUCAAUGUAUUAGCAUUCUCCUCUUUAAAUGUUUAUGUAACGUAAGUGGUUCUGCAUUCCCUGCUGAGAAGCCAUUAUAAGUCACAUACAGAUGUAAUGUACAUCUUUUAGUUAAAAUCUCAUAAAAAACAGAGUGUGAUAAACUUUUACUUUUACUAGUACUUCUAAAUUUUACUUACAUUUAGCCUUAACAAGAGGUGAAAAUUCCUUAAAUUAACAAGAAGCAAUCAUUGCGAACACUUCAUAAUGCUAAAUUUAUUUAAAUUUACAAGGAUAUACAUCAUAGAAACAAAUUUUGCUAAAGAGUUUAAAUUGUACAAUUGUUGGUCUUCUAUACUUCUAUUGUAAUAAUACAGUCUAGUUAUUUUACUGUUGGUUUAAUAAAAAUGACAUGCAAUUUA